AUGUAUAAUCCUGAAAUCAACGACUAUCAGCUGACUUCUAUUAUAUCAGAAUGUUGCGGCGGCGUCGCUGUGGUUUACUCAGCAGUGUACAAGCCAUACAAACAAGAUGUGGCUAUUAAGAGAUACUUCGUCGAUAAAUCAAAGGAAAAAGCGAACCUAAUACAACAAGAUAUUCUUACAAGAAAGGAACUACAUCACCCCAAUAUUUUGCCAUACCUUACAUCUUUCGUCCACGGACGAGAGCUGUAUGUGGUAUCCCCUCUGAUGAACCUGGGCUCAUGCCGAGACAUCCUUGACAGAUAUUUCCCAGAAGGCUUACCGGAGCUAGCCUGUGCUAUAAUACUCCGAGAUGUUUUGCUGGCUCUGCAGUAUCUACACAAGCAGUUUUAUAUACACAGGAGUGUCCGAGCAAGUCACAUCCUGAUAGACACGAGCGGCGCCGUGAAGCUCUCCGGUCUGAGUAGUGCUGCGUGUAUGUUAGUGUGUGGCCGCAGACAGCAGCUACACAGCCUGCCGCCGCCCGACCAUGAUAACACUAACCUCAUGUGGCUCAGCCCCGAGCUGCUGGAACAGAACCUGAAGGGUUACAACGAGCAGUCCGACAUGUACUCCGUGGGCGUGGCGUGCUGCGAGCUGGCCAACGGCGCGGUGCCGUUCUCGGAGCUGGCCAGCACUCUCAUGUUCACGGAGAAGGUCCGCGGCAGCCGGCCACAGCUGCUCGACCGCUCCUCCUUCACCGACGACGUUCAUCACGACCUCGACAACGCUUACACCACGGACAGCGGGCUGGGGGACGGCGCGGAGGGCGUGUCCCGUCUGAAGGCGAUCUACGCGAGGAGACAGUUGUCAGACUCCUUCCACCUGCUGGCCGACCAGCUGCUGCAGCGCGAGCCCGAGCGCCGGCCGUCUGCCCGUGAGCUGCUGCUCCACCCGUUCUUCAAACAGAUCCGUAAAACGGACUCACUGGCCGCGCUCCUCGGCAGAGUGUCACCUAUCAAACAUGACGCCGAUGACGUGACAGCUUUGCAACUACAGGAGAAAAUGUCUGAAAUGGACGUCGAGAAUACUACGGACUGGGACUUCUAG